AUGGAAAAGGCUUUGAAAGCAAUUAUUGAGAAAAAUAAACGAAGUGAGGAAUCUAAUCCCUUUGGUCGGGCUGUUUUCGAAUUUGAGGAUGAUGCUGAAAUUGAAGAAAUAAUUCCACAACGCCAUAGGGGCAUCUUAAUUAAUGAAGGUGGUGGUAAUAGGAAUAAAAGUAAGGCAACAAUGACACAAAGAGGAAAAGGAAAGGACCCUGCAAAAAUUGAUAGUUUUUUUGCACCAAGAACCACUCCAGGCUUUCAACCAACUAUCAAAAGUGCCCUUGCAACUAAAGAAGCUGUACAUAGGGCACAUAUGAUUGUGGCAAAAUUUUUGUAUGAUACAUGUGUUCCAAUGAAUGUUGUCAAUUCCAUAAACUUUCAGCCCAUGUUUGAUGCUGCAAUCGCCAUUGGUCCAGGAUUUAAAGUUCCUACCUACCAUGAAGUUCGAGUUCCUUUAUUAAGUGACUCAAGGAAAGAGCUUCAAUUGUUUAUUGACUCUGUAAAGAGUACUUGGGCUGAUUCUGGGUGUACAAUUAUGGGUGAUGGUUGGACUAAUGGUAGACAUAGAACUCUUAUUAAUUUUCUUGUCUAUUGUCCUAGAGGAAUCAGUUUUGUUAAAUCUGUUGAUGCCUCUGAUGUUGUAAAAGAUGCGCAUCUUCUUUUUAAAUUUUUUGAAGAAAUUAUUGAGUGGGUGGGAGCAAGCAAUAUUGUGCACAUGGUGACAGAUAAUGGGGCAAAUUAUGUUGCUGCUGGAAGGCUUGUUAGUGAAACUUACAAGAAUAUUAAUUGGUCUCCUUGUGCAGCACAUUGUUUGAACUUAGUGUUAAGUGAUAUUUCCAAGUUGAAUCAUGUGAAAUAG